AUGAAGUUCACAAUGGUUCUCGUCGGCCUGCUCGGGCUCCUCGUGGCACCUGGGUUUGCUUACAAUAUCAACAUCAACGAUAAUGGCAACGUGGCCGGAAGUGGUCAGCAGUCAGUGAGCAUCAACAACCAGCACAAUGUGGCCAAUGUGGACAACAAUAAUGGCUGGGACUCCUGGAAUUCCAUAUGGGAUUAUGGCAGUAGUUUUGCUGCAACCAGACUCUUUGCCAAGAAAUCAUGCAUUGUGCACAAAAUGAACAAGGACGUCAUGCCCUCCCUGCAAGAUCUCGAAGCACUGGUCAAGGAGCAAAAGGUAAAGGGUAAAGGGCCUGAAGGAGCAUCUCCCAAGGAAUUGAUGUUCUCUAUCAACCCUACCAGAGUGGAGGACCUGAGUACAUUUGGGACAAAGAUUGCUGGCAUGUGCCGGGGCAUCCCAACCUAUGUAGCUGAGGAGAUUCCAGGACCAAGCCAGCCUUUCUACUCACGGAAAUGCUACAGUGCUAACAUACUCUGGAUUAUACAGCUAUCCUUCUGUGGAACGUCAGAGGAAACAUAUUAG